AUGGGCUUUGCAGAGCGCUGCAUGAAGAUUGGGUUGCUCAUUGUCACUUUGGCAGUUAUAAAGGUGCACACUGCUCCAACAACUAAAGAAAAUAAUGCAGAUGCUGGUGAACUGAGGGAUGAUAUCCUAGAUAUUAAUAAGGAUUUGAAGCAUCUUUUUGAAGGAGAUAUUGCCGGUAAUCCCUCCAGAAAUGCAAUUCUUGAUGAAACAAGGAGAUGGAAGUUCCCUAUACCUUAUAUUUUAACUGAUUCAUUAGAGUUGAAUGCUAAGGGAGUAAUACUCCAAGCUUUUGAGGAAUACCGUUUAAGAUCCUGCGUGGAUUUUAAACCCUAUGAAGGAGAGACAAGCUACAUCUCCUUCACUAAGCUCUCUGGGUGCUGGUCAUAUGUCGGAGAUGAUAAAAUUGGACAGAAUGUGUCCAUUGGGGCACGAUGUGACACCAAAGCCAUUGUGCAGCAUGAACUCCUGCACGCUCUUGGGUUUUACCAUGAACAAUCACGCUCCGACAGAGACGACUAUGUCAACAUUUGGUGGGACCAGAUUGAAGAAGGGAAAGAGCACAAUUUCAACAAAUAUGAGGAUGACUUCAUCACUGAUCUGAACACUCCAUAUGAUUAUGAGUCCAUCAUGCACUACCGGCCAUUUUCUUUCAACAAGAAUGCGAGUAUCCCUACGAUUACCACCGCAAUUCCUUCUUUUAAUGAGAUCAUUGGACAGCGACUAGACUUCAGUGAAGUGGAUAUCAAAAGGCUCAACCACAUGUACAGUUGCGCAAACACGCUCACUCUUCUGGAUCAGUGUUCCUUUGAACUGAACAACAUCUGUGGGAUGAUCCAAAAUGAGGAUGACAAUACAGACUGGGUACAGACACUGAGCACACCUGAUGAUAUGGACCACACCAUUGCAGGACGAUGCAGAGAUUCUGGCUACUUCAUGAAGUUUGACACUUCUUCUGGUAAUGCUGAAAACAGCGCCUUACUAGAGUCUCGUAUCCUCUACCCGAAGAAACACGAGCAGUGCUUGCAGUUCUUCUACAAGAUGACAGGAGCAGUAGGGGCCAAACUGGUGAUUUGGGUCCGGAUUGACGAUGGAACUGGAACUGUUCGCAGUGUCAGGAAGAUCCACACCAUCACCAGUGAUGGAAGUGGUGCCUGGAAAAUUAGCCACGUAACGCUUCGUAUGUCCCAAAAAUUCCGCUAUGUCUUCCAAGGGAUCAGAGGAUCAUCAGACUCCUCUGGCGCCAUCUUACUUGAUGAUAUCACACUUAGCGAGACAGUUUGUCCCACUGCUGUCUGGCAAAUACAUGACUUUAUUGGACUUCUUUCCAGCACCCAACCUGGCCGAGCAGUAACGAGUCCUUGCUUUUACAACUCUGAGGGCUAUUCAUUCGGAAUACAAAUGUACCCAAAUGGAGACGAUAAGGACUUCCCAGGCUAUGUCAGUCUGUUCUUCCACCUAUGCAGUGGUGAAAAUGACGCAGUGAUGGAGUGGCCGGCCUAUAAUCGACAGGUGACAUUAUCUGUGAUGGACCAAGAUCCAGAUGUUAAAAUGAGGAUGUCAUCUACAAGGAGUUAUACCACAGAUGAUUUUGCAAGCUGGACCAAACCAUCAGCCACAUCGGGUGGAGUGUGGGACGCUAAUUGCAAUUGCUACCGGGGUCCAGGAUGGGGUUGGAGCACUUUCAUUUCCCAUCAGCAACUCCAAAAGAGGAGCUUCAUGAAAAACAAUGACCUCAUCAUUUUAGCUGACUUUAAUGAUUUGACACAUUUGAUCAAGUCUGAGGUACCCGUCUUAACCGUCCCACCAAGCAAAGACACAUUGGCUGAGAAUCCAGUAGCAAUAAACGUGGAGUCUUCCAAAACCAGAAUCCCUCGUGCUGACACAGACCCAUGUAAUCCCGAUCCUUGUUUGAAUGGAGGCGUGUGUCUGGUUAUAGAUGGAGUAGCCUAUUGCAGGUGUCCUUCAAGUCAGACCUCCUUCUAUAGUGGUAACAGGUGCGAGCAUGUGCAAAUAGGCAGACGCCUACUUGAAUCACCUAAUGCUGACCUUGUGCCCAGUGUGCCGAGGUACAAAGUUCUGUCUUCACGCUCACCAGAAUCGACUCCAACUCUGUUAUUCUUCUUAACUGUUGGAAUAACAAACGCCCUCUGGGUCUCACAGCUUUAG